UCCGGAAGCCGCGAGGGGCGGGACGGGGCGGGCGCAGGGGUGGGAGCAGAGAGCGGCCCGACCGCCUCCUGCGCUCCGGGGGCCCUGGGGUGGGGUGUGAAUAAAAGAACAAUUUUAAGUUGGCAGGAGCUGUUGACUUCCUCGAAGGAAGGGAGGCCUUGCAGAGAGACCUCGACAAAUCGGAGGGUUGGGCAGUCAGCAACCGUGUGAAGCUUAACGUGGGCAAGUGCCGGAUUCUGCCCCUGGGAUGAGGAAACCCUGGUUGUGAGUAUAGACUGGGGAACGAGAGGCUGGAGACCUGGGGAUCCUGGUCCAUGGCAAGUUGAACGUGAGUCAGCAGUGCCCUGGCAGCCAGGAGGGUCAACCGUGUCCUGAGGGCAUCAGCAGCUUUUAGAUGUUAGCAAUGACAUUCACCUAUUUGGAAUAUAAUCUGCUAAAAAUGUAGCCAUAAGUUAUAUGUUGCUGGGAAAAAUAUGACCAGUGGAGAAAAAAUCCAAAAGAGACUGAACAUUGCCAUAAAACAGCAGCUAAGAAAGCUUUAAAUGAGGAACUUCUGAGGAGCAUUCAAGAGUUUGAGAGGGAGAUUAAUCAGUGGAGCUGUAGUCUGCCAUCUGUGACAUGUGGAAGCCAACUCGGCAUGGCCACUACGGAGAAGUGGCAGCUGCAGAGCAUGGGACCAGACCUCACUGCAGAGCCUGCAGCCACAAGGGUUGAUUUAAGGUUCUCCAGGAAAGCAGAAAUCAGAAAUGAGUAGAAGACUGCAGACCUUGUUUGGGAAAGGAGCAGUGCUUAAUGACUGGCUGGUCAAAAGUUUGAGAAGAGAUUCUUCUUUUGCUAUUUGACUGUCAAGUUAAAACAUUGGCUUCAGAAAUGUUUGAGGUUUUGUGCCUUUUUGUGGAAGAAGUGACUGUGUAAAUGGAACUAAUUGUACUGAAGCUCAAUGAAUCCUUCAGAGGAAUUAUGUCUUCUGCAGCACUGGUUCCACUAUCCUUCAGCUACUUUUAAGUUUUUAGGAAUGGAGAAGCUGAUUGUUUGUGUGCACAAAAGGCAAAAUGCUCUCUGUAGGCUGAUUUGCUUUCCGUGGGCUGGAGGUGGAACUUCUCUACUUGCUCAGUGGGGCAAACGGUUAAGCAACUCAAUUGAAGUGUUCUGUGUAAGGUAUCCUGGAAGAGAAACUCGUCUUAAUGAGCCUUUUGCAAAAGACAUGACAAGCAUGGUUAAUGAAGUUACAAGUGUUUUGUUAAAAGAACUUCAAGAAAAACCAUUUGCAUUUUUUGGUCACAGUUUUGGAUCUUACCUGAGUUUUGCAGUGGCACUACAUUUGAAAGAAAAGUAUGGACUAGAGCCGGUCCAUCUUUUUGUGUCAGGGGCACAUGCCCCAAAUUCUGAAGCAAUUCUUCCAAUCAAAAGCAUUUCUGUAUCUGAUGCAAAAGAUGAAGAAGUUAUCGAAUAUCUACAAACUGUAGGAGGAACUCCUUCUGUGCUUCUCCAUAACGAAGACAUUAGGAAAAAUCUGCUACUUACUUUUAAAGAAGACUUUAGAGUGUUUCAGACAUUUUCGACUACUUUUUAUGUUCACAGUUUUGAGAAGGCAGAAAUGGAUAUCCCCUUCUCUUGUGAUAUUACCUGCUUUAAUGGGGGUGAUGAUAAACCAUAUGAUUUACAAGGUUGGCAAGAACUAACAAGUGGAGAUACAUCCUUUUAUGAGCUUCCUGGAGGUCACUUUUAUCUGCUAGAACCCUCUAAUGAAAUUUUCUUGACAAAACACAUAACAAGAUGCAUAGAAAAUGCCGGUCUGUGACUAUUUCCCUCAAUUUUAAUAGCAGAAGGUGUAAUAUUAGUCCACAGCACUUCAUAAGUCAUUAUUUCUGUAUGCAGUUAUGCCUGAGUUGUUCUGUUCGUCCUCUGUAAUCCUUUAAAGGGGGAGUUUCCUGGGUUUUUCUGAAAAUAAACAUUGGCUUUGUCUUAAAAAAACCAGGUUUCAUCUUUUCCCUCUUCUCAUCUUGCAUGUGCACAAACUCUUCACUUCAUUCCAUAACCUCAUUUGAAAAAAAUGACAGCUAUGUUAUUUUACUUGUAGAGCUUCUGUUUGCCUGCUCCUGUAAAAAUGCUAAAUAUAAUUUAAUACCCACAAAAAUCCACAAUUCUUACAGAAAGCUUAAUUUAUUAGGUUCAAAUUUAUUUAGAAUAAGAUACAAUCUAAAAAUAGAGUAUGUAUAUAAAUACCCAUUACAGUCAGCUUAUGCUUAAAAGAUAUUA